UGCAGUUUGGCCGUCUUCAAGAUAUUUUUUACCAAAAGAAUUCCUGAACUUCUUAUUCCCCCAAGAGAAGUAUCUUCUUUUAUAAUGGUUGAGACGUUGUUUUCUCUAGAGGUACAUGUGGAAAGUGUGGAAGAUCUUCAAGUAGCAUGUAAGUUACCAGCAUUGUGCUUUCGUCUGUUGGAUUUCCCAACGAUGAUAAUACAUCAUGUUUCUCCUGUCGACGCCGAGAAAUUACGACAUAGAAUUCGCAUGGAAGGCAAAGAUUCUGUACUUCAUGCUCUAAAAGAUCGCUUUGGAAAUUUCCAGUUUCGUAAAGGUAAAUCUUGCUUAUUCAAAGCAAGCAUAGACACUCUCCUGGUUCAACUACAAACUGUUCCUUUAUAUUCAAUGUUGAUGGAUUUGUGGCCGAAAAAGCCCCUACUUGUCGGAAGCUCGUUGAUUCCUUUAAAGAAGGCGAUAAAUAAGAUCUCUACCGAUGUUUACAAGAAUGGCGUGGCUGUUCCCUCUUUUUACAGAGAUGAGGGUGAUUUUAAUGUUUACAAUCUCAUGGGAAGUUCCAUAGCGAACGUAAAACUUGGUUUUAGGUUAUUGAGUUUGGGAGGGUCACUGAUCCCUCACAUUCCUACAGAAGCCUUGGGUGAGAGGAUUACUGAAAAGAUUGAAACGAAUGGUGAAGUUGAGGAAGCUGUAAAGGGAGCUUUGGAAAAAGUAUUGCCUGAAAUUGAAUUAGAAGAUGAAAUUACAGAAAACGGAUUCGAUACAAAGAGCGAACGUGAUGCCAGAACUGUUAAGAAACCUGAUGAUAGGCAGAGUGUGGAAGUUCAAACAAAUCUUCCUGUAAAAACUCUCAAAACUUCUAGAACCGUUGAUAGAGGGAGAAAGACAAGCGAGGAAGAUAUAGUGAUCACCAAUACAGUUUGCCCUCCCCCUCUUUAUUAUAAUUAUUAUUCUAAUUCCACACCUUCUGGAAGGUUUCACUCAGAGGCCUAUGGCAAAGGGAUACAACAAAGUUCUUCAUUUCAUGUAGAUCCAAGAUGCAUACAAGCUGUUGAUCAAGGUGACAGUGCUGAUUUGGAAUUUUUGUAUUAUGAUCCUGGUGUGGUUCAAACAGAUGGAACUGCUAAUGUUACAUCAGUUUCAGUACAAACUGAUGAGAAAUUAUUAAAACCACCCUUUGGACAACAGGGUGAUACUGUGCAAUCUGAAUUCGAUCUGUAUAAUCUACAAGGUGUUAUGUCCGAAAGUCAUUUGCCAAUUUUAAACGCAUUGCUUCAAGAACUUUCUUGUUUGACAAGAGCAGGUGAAACUCAUCCCAGUUCAUUAAGUGGGCAAUCUCCAAGAAUUCUGCCUACUGUUCAUAGCAAAAGAGGUCCUUCAGGUCAUAAAGGAUCACGGAGUGUUCCCAAAGAUGAAACAUACAGAAAACAAAAUGUUCAAGCAGCAUCUCUGAAGAAGUCUCAAACAUCGGUUAUUGGUUUGCCAAGACAAAGAGUACGUUUCAAGCAGACAAGUCUCACUUACGGAAUGACUAAAACUCAAAAGAUGAGACUAGAGAUGAAUCAAAAGGGGAAAUUACCAAACAGAACUAAACCUUCUGAAGAACACAGGGCUUUAACUGAAAAAGAUAAGAUCAAAAGAGAGCAUGAGAAGAUGCCUUUGCCAACAGGCAAUUUAGGAAAGACAUAUAAAAUAGGCAUAGCAAAAAAGCAGACAAAGAGAGAUACAAAGCAUACAGCAGAUGCACAGGUCCAAACGCAACAGUCAUCCACUGAAGUACCAGAUAAUGAAAAAAGUGGGAUUCCUGUAACCACAUGGGUGAUGAAAGAGAGCUCUGCAUUAAUUGAUACUGAGGCAACUCUUCCCAAUACUGACAGUGCAAGGAGUCAAAAGAGUCAAAAUAGUCUGGAAAUUUUCAUCCCUCAGGUUGAAGGAGAACCAGAAGAGAGAAGUGAUCAGGAAAAGGAAUGGACCACUGAUCAGGCUACAGCUGGCUUUUAUGGUAACACAGGAAUCUUAGGUGCAGAGCUGGAUGAUGUGCAAGGAAGCUCUGCCAUGACCAUGUACACAGAGGACUUUCAAGAUUCUGGAACAGAGGGGUCACAUGCAUCAUACCACUUAGCUUUCACAAAGAGUAGCAGUGUUGAAGGUGAAAAUCUGAGGCAGAGAUCAAAUUCUGACAUUUCAUCUGCCAGUCAAAUGUCUCAAGGUAUUUCUGCAGCAUCAGGAAAACCAGUCCUGUCAUCUCAUUCUCCAGUGAAAGCAAAAUCCAAGAGGAUACAAGGGAGGAGGGAGGGGGAAGCUGCAGUGGAUGUGAAACAGAAAGUGACAACGUCAGAACAAGAUUCUGUUGCUCAGAUAUCUAAUCUAACCAAAAGUUCUUCUAGUUCAUCCAAAAAUUCUGAUGAAAGAAGUGAAGCAAGUUAUUCUGAUGACUUCCACUCUGUUGGCUCAGAACCUGAAAAACAGAACUCCCAAUCUUUAUCUGAUGAUAGUAUUGAUGACAACUCUCAGCACACAAAGCUUAAUCUUCCGCCUCCUGCAAGUAAUCUGGGAUAUACUUAUUAAUCAUGUCAACUGUCUUUGAUCAUUGCAAUUGAUAACCCUUUUACUCCAAAGAUUAAGUCAUGUCUCAUUUCUCCUUUGUAUAUAUGCAGUUUGGCAACAAGUAUUAAUUUUUAAUACUUAAAAUAACUUAAAAGCUCUACCCCUUGGACUUUUAGCUCAAACAUAAGACAAGGUUAGGAAUGCCGUGCUCCAAGCUGCAACUCCUUUGGCUAUCAGGUGACUGAGUUGAAGAAAAGUUUGGUUACUAAAUUGGCAGAGAAAAACAGAUCUUUGACCUGUGUUUGGUGAUCUUUUCACAAUGCAUAAACACUGUUUUUUAUUUUUUCACACUUGCUGAGAGAAGUGUGUAAGAGUGAGGUGUUAGCAGGAUAAAGUAGGGUAGUCACAUUGAUAAUCACCAUUUUACUCAGUGUUUAUGGGUGUUUCUUGACAAUUUCCCACAAGUUUUAUCCUACCCCUAUGAUUUUAACUUUGGUGACCUCUCAAUGGUUUUAGGGUUGCCAGUUUAAAAGAUUUUAACUUGGAGCCCUUGGUGCAUGGGGGAAUGUUUUGUCAUGGGAGGCAUUCCCAAAAGGCAAUAAGUUUUAGAAAAAGAUUGAUUUGAAAGGGGAAUCUCAAUAAGGGAAGGGACAGGUUCAGGUCAGAAACUCUUCUUGUUGGGAGGAACGAGUGAGAGUUACACAAACAACAUAUUUGACCUGAUAUUUGCUUGAACAACUUUAUUUUGAGGUCUAUAAGAAGUUGUGACAAGUAUGACUGAACAUUGUCAGUUAUGUGUAUUUAUUUAACAAUAGAACUCUUUUACUGAUUUUACAGGAGUAAUAAUAAUCUCAUGAUUGUGUGGAUAUGAUGCUGUGGUUGGAACAAUAAUGCACAUCCCCACUAUCCAACUUUUGUAAAAAAAUUAAGUUCAAGACAGCACAGCCCUCAAAGAAAAAUAAAACACUCAAUCAAGUCUAGACUGUUCAUGUUUAAGUUAGGAAAGGUUAACAAGGAAAAAGACAGUAUUACUUAAUACCUUGUAACAAAGUCUCUAUUUACAGUGAAUUUCCAUCUCAAUGGGUUCCAAGUUCCAAACUCACUUUCAAAUUUAGGCUGAGUGCACAAACUUUCUUAUAAAAGUGAGUUUUAAUAGUAUGUCAACAAGAAUCAUUUUUUAAUUUUUUUUAGUGGUCUCUAUUGAACUUAAACAAACAAACAGAAGCCAUAUUGUCUAUUUCCAGCUUCAUCUAAUGUGGUAACAGAAAAGGCAAUUACCAAGGAUAAACUGAUGUCCAUUGAAGAAUAAAGACAGUCUCCAUGUA